UCUCACGUUGAAGAUUUUGUUCAAACGAAUAUAUCGUCUACCGUCUAAUUCGUCUAUCAAAAUAUUAUAUUGAGUUCAGUCGCAAACAUAAAGCUCAGAGGACUAUAAGAAUAAAGGCGAAGCCAACGAAUAUUACAAGCCGUGGUUGGCUCAUUAGCUGGCAACUGAAAAUUGGAAAUAACCCAGUAACCAAAGUAACUCCCUUUUGUGGGGAAGUCUAUAAGAACAAAUCCCAAAAGGUUUUAAUUUCUGUUGUGACUCGCAGCAUGCUUAAAUAAUCGAAUUUUGUCAACUUCGUUAAUCCAUGCCAGGUGUUUUGGGCCAUAAAACAGCGGCACGAUUGGGCCUGUAAAUCGGGACGAGAAAGCAGCCCUAAUUUAACUGCAGGUAAAGCUCCUCGCCAGGUAAAAGCCUACGUAUAUAUUGCAGUAAACCCUUUUUGGCAUAUAAGUCUGAGGAGUGAGGAAUUGCAGCUGUCAGAGAGAGUCGAGUCUUCAGAUCAGCAACAACAUGGGCAACGUCAUGGAUCGCAAGGUGUCCUGCACAGAGGCACGUGCCACAAAUGCCACGCCCACCACUCCGUUCGUGGCGCCCAAGGAUCAGGAGACCAGGAAACCUGAAAAGGUGGAAUCGCAGGAGAUAGUCCCCAAUUUGACAUUUCACUUGUACAGCUAUCGGCAGCAAAUUGGUUGCAAGAAGCAUCAGCUGAUGAAGUGGGCCACAUCGAAGCUGCUGCUCACCGAGGAGCUACUAAAGCUACAGAAACAGCAUCUUGGAGAAACCACCGAAUCCUGGACCGAUUUUGGUGCCAUGCUGUCAGACGAUGAUGAUGAAGAGAACCGUGCUCCAGACAACGCUUUUGAUCCACUGGCCCUGGAAUUGAGUAACCUAAAGAACUACCGCCUGGAACUCAGGAGCACCAUUCUGGACUUCGCCCAGGAGAAGAUGAAGAAGCGGGAGAAGAAGAAGCUGAAGCGUCUGAAACGUCGCACCCUGAUCUCCUCCAAGAAACCCAGCAACAAGAACAAGGUCAAGUACUGGCAUCCGCAAUUGGAGACGGAGGAGCAAUUGGAUCUCGAGCCCCAGGAUACCCAGACAGAGGUCAUUGUCAUCGAUUAGCCCAAUACGUGUUGUUCCUAAGUCUUAGUUAAUUUAGUCGUUACACUUGUUCUAAUUGUACAUACUUCUAUUU